AAUAGACUAUCAAACAAGGUUUCGGGCACUAUGGGGAUAAUCGACUAAUAAGCUCUUUCGUUAAUCAGCUGGUUCUGAUAUGGUUAUCGCCGCAGUCUUUUCCCUUGAAUUCUUCAGGAGCACUUUCCCUGCUGCACAGUCCCCAUGAAUCGCACAGAAAAAGUUAUAUCCGACGUUACCAUUGAACGAACGCAGAAGGCAUUGGAUGAUGCUACCUCAAAGUUAAACUCGACCUCUGUUAGAAAGCUCGACAAGUGGGAUCAGGCAGAGGACUGUGUCGCCCAGACUGUUCAAGAAGCUGAAUCGGCGUACGAUUUCUACACCCAGAAUGCAGCCAUCAACUCGGCGUCUGACGCGAUGGUCACGGACCUCUCGAAGAAGAAUAUGGGUAACUUUCUGGGAGAGGCAAAGAAGGUGAUGGAGGCCCUGGAUGUUCUGCAACAGGUUCACCCGUUUGUUGGUGUGGCUAUACUCGCUUUCAAGGCUGUCGUGAAUCUUGAGCUAACAAGAAGAGACAAUGAUCGUAGAGUUGGAUUGAUGUUAGCUCAAGCAUCUGACAUGAUGACCAUACUUCUUCAACUUAAGGAUACUAGGGAUCUUGCCAUCGUAGGACCUCACGGCGACAUUCGGGGGCGAUUGGAUCGUGUCCUGGACGGCAUCAAGAAAGACAUCGAGGAUUGCGGAAAUGCCAUCGACAAAUACUACAAGUCCAAAUUCAUGGUGAAAUUCUUCAGAUCAUCCCAUUGGGCGAGCGAGUUCCUGAGAGUUUGCAACAGCUUUUCCCAGCGUACGCAGGAUCUCCAACUCGCCUUAAAUAUCAGGACAACCUUGAGAGUUGAUAUCGCCAUUGAUAAGCUGGACAAGCUGAUCCGGACGCAAACCGAUCGCGAAGCAAUAUUCGAGAAAGAAGUACAAAUGCGGGGUGGUAGGGAGAAAUGUUUGGAGAGUGAAGACAAACUAGUUGAGCUACUGAAAAUCGCCGAGCAACGGGAAGGGCGUUCACAGAAUAAAGCGCAUGCUGAGGCUCCCACCAAAGAUGUCAACAAGCCUGCUUCAAAGACCACUUCUGCGAAUGGAUCAGUCGGCGAGCCGUCUCGCCUUGAUGCAUCGCUGCUUCACGAACUGCGUGCUCCAUUAUGCGACUUACUUGAUGAGAAUCGCACACUCUUCAUGUUCAAGCUCGAUGCACAGACAUCCGACAUUAAAGAUUCCAUCAAGGAUUCUGAAACGCGCAUCAUGUGGGCCUUCAACAGCAGAUUUCGACGAGUCAAGGAUCCGAACCUCCGAUAUAUCUGGAAAGAGAUGAAAUGGACAACCAGUGUCAAGACAUUGUACUUCAUUGCAGAACUCCAUGAUUAUUACGUGAACCGUUUCUCCCGCCUCCGUCAUAAUACUUCACCCCCAGAAGCCGUGUCAGAUGCUUCGCCAUUGGUAUUGCGAGUUCCAUCUCCAACUCCCACUGUCUCUGUCAUGUCCGACUCAGAAGGAGAAGACCGCGAUCUUCCAGUAGUCGAUCCUUCAUACCAAGAACUUCCUACUAUCGAUCCUGCAGACAAAUGGUGCUUGAAAUAUUUGUCCGUCUUCUACGUCCCAAGUUUAUCUGAAGGCUUCGAUGGCGAUGCGAAUGGCUUGGUCAGCAUAAGGGAGGUGAAUGCUUUCACGUCUGCGAUGCCUUUCGGUUGGACUCUACCACAGGCACUGGCAUACUGGGCUGCAGGCUGGAGAGUGGAUAGCCAAUACUACCAUUCACGAAUCGAACAAGUCUUAAACAGCAUGGUCUAUGCGCAAGCAGAUGCACUUCCAGAAAACAGGAGGUGUAUCGCCACAUACUUGGACUCAUAUGUCAUCGAUGGUAUCAAAAGACUCGUUCGUUCUCUUGCAGAGCUUGGAUCGGAGGAUUCGGACUUGGAUCUCGUACAAUUGAUUGCUCGGCGCCGCGAAGCUCAUGAGAAGACAUUGGCGGAUAAGCUCAACAUUGUCAAGUAUGAAAUCGACUCUAAAGAGUCUAUCAAACUUUUUGGAUCUGGUCGCAUCGAAAACUUCUUGCUACCUUUACUUUACCUCGUGAUCAGGAGGCAUUUGCAGAUCAUGAAACUCGCAAGCACAGUAAUUCUGGUCGAGAGAGAGCUUGAGUCUGCAACUCAAACGAUGGAAAAUAUCUUGGAAGGGGUGUCUCUGCGCGUGGACUCACUGGCAGAAUCAUUUCGUCAGCAGGGCAAUGAUCCAAAAGCGAGAUUCACGUGGUAUGCGCAUGGCUUGUCCAGAAUUAACCACAGACGACACCGAAUACUGGGAAGCUCACAAUUUUGGGCUUGAUGAUGACGAGCUGGAGAUCGAUUCAACAGCAUUGAAGCUUGGUCCUUUCCGUCUGGCAGAGAAUAAUGAAAGCAUAGGAAGGCCUGUCAAGUUCGUCGCAUUUAGUCCCGUUCAGCAGCCUGAAGAUAUCAUGGACGAAUAUAUCCGUUUGCGGUGUAUGAACGACCUGUCCAAUACAUGGGGUUACCCUUACGAUGUCCCGCCUUACCUAUCGUUGACCGACAAAGAAAGGUUCAACAUCCUGUCCCAAGAACUACCACCCACAGACGUCGAGCGCUGGAAUUCAUUCGCUGAACUUCACAUGCGUGGACAAUUGUUCCAGUGUCAGUGCGAUGCAUGCCACUACCUUGUCAGUGGUGUCCUUCACCGUUGUGUAGACUGCGACUGCGGU